AUGGUAGUGAUAAGGAACUGUGAAAACAUGUUUUGGGGAAUAACUAUCGAUGCCGGGAAGCGAUACUCCCAGGUGGUGAAACAAGGCUUUCAUGUAUCCAUGGCUGCCCUGGAAGUUCAAGCAAAAAAGCCCAGCGAAAAUGUCCAGGUCCUGCUCCAGCAUGAAGCAACAGAGUAUUUGCUGUGUACUCUCAAUGGAAACCUGCUCCAGCAAUCUCUUGAUCUGAAUUUUGAAACCGGUGAACAAGUUUCUUUUUGUUUAAAUGGUUCUGGUGUGGUGCAUCUGACGGGUUUUCUUAUACCUGAAGAUGACGAACCAGAUUUUGAUGAGUCAUUUUCUGGAUCAGAAGAUGAUGAGGCUCCAUCUCUUAUUGACACAUCAGUAGAUAGUCCAAACAAAGCCGGUAAAAGAAAAGCUAUUGCAUCUUCAAAGGCAACAAAGAAAAUAAAACUAUCAACAAGCGUUGAAGACGACGACGAUGACAGUGAUGAUAUUGAUAGUGAGGAAGAGGAAGGGUUCUCUGAUGAUUUUGAUGAUGAAUUCGAUGACGAGGAUAGUGAAGAAGAAGAGGUCUCCCCUGAAAAGAAAGUAAAGACCAAACCACAAGCAAAAAUACCAAAUGCUGAAACUCCAGUCUCUCAGAAAAACAAACAAGGUGGGAAAGUUCCAAAGCAAGAUGGAAAAACUGCAACACCUAAAACACCAGCCGCAGAAACUGUCUCAAAGGAUGACAAUGAAGGUAAAAAACAAGGUGGGAAAUUCCAAACAAGCAUGGAUAAACCUGUGGCUCAGGAAAAGAAAGAUAGAGAGAAUUUAAAAUCAGUGUCUGAGUCUUCACAGCCAGGAAAGCAGAAAGCAGCAGUU